AUUCACUUGGUGACCUGAGUUGUGGGGAUGUUCAGCUGUGGGCUACAGAUCGAUGUAAGAGUGGUAGUGCCAUCAUGGUGUACAGGCCUAUGGAAGGUGCAGUGAUCCAUGGAAUUUGCAAACUGCUGACAAUGAGACAGGCGAGUGUUACUGAGGCGACGGAGUCAUUCCUGCAUGUUAUUAUGACACGGUUACACAAGGCAUCAGGUACUGCAAAUCUGCUACGCCAGGAAGUGUGCCAGCUGAAGGCAUGCAAGGGUGCUGAUAUUUCGCAAGCAUGGCAACAAAUGCUGUCCGUCAUCGCAACAGCUAUUCCCGAAGUGAAAAUCAAUUGUGAAGAUUUGGAAGUUACAUCUGCAGUGCUAGCGAAUCUGAUAAGCUACCUGCAUGCCACGGCUGCCGCUGCUAUCAGGAAAGCGUCAAUAGCACCAUCCAAAGCUGCUGAAGCCAUCCCCGAACCGGUGAUUGACAAUUUGUCUCACCUUGCUGAAAAGUACCAUGGUGGUUGGUGCUUGGUGGCCGUGCGGCGUGAGCUGGAAGGAGCAAGGUGUCGCAACGACAACUUGCUGCAGCUUAUACCUUUAUUUGGCAAGGAUGCCGUGACAAGCCUUCAGCCUUGUUUGGAGAAUUCAGGUGGCCCGGCGUGGCUCGGAAGCUCUGUAUAAGACACCAUACGUCACAGAUAAAAUCAACUGAACCAGUGAUAUGUGAAUUUUGCGCUUGUGUGUGUGUGUGUGUGUGUGUGUGUGUGUGUGUGUGUGUGUGUGUGUGUGUGUGCUUCUGUGAUAAGUGGUAUAAGCAGUCCACAGGGUAUUCACCUUGAGUGCAUUCGCCGAUAGUGUGACUUUCGUCGCACAGAACCUUCUUCAGUUGGUCAGGUGACUCGGCGUGGCUCGGAAGCUCUGUAUAAGACAAAAUACGACACAGAUAAAAACAACUGAACCAGUGA